GCAUUUGACUUUCUUUCUCGGAAACUGUUCCUUGGGUGAUGAUACCUCGACCAAGUUUUGGCCUAGAAUAAAUAUAUAUACCAAGCAGGAUGCAUUUCAUGGGUCGAGAGACCAAGUCGAAGUAAACGUAGGGGAGCUCCGAACCAACUCCGUGCCUUGGACAAAUCAAGAGGUGGAAGGAACAAGGCAAGCAGGUGAAGACGUUCGCUUGGUCAACCGUGUGCUUCGUCUUGUGUUGCUCGGAGAAAAAACCUGCUCUCCUCGUCUCCCUGACCGAGUCUCACGUAUACCUACCCACCUACAAACAACUCCUGUAAAAUAUAUUCCGAUGGUCCAUAGUUUAGUGACGCCAUGAGGCUGUCAAGGAGCAGCUUUGGAGCUCCAUGUAAGUCGACGGGUAUUCGCUGGUGUGCAUAAGAAAUCUCUGCUUUCUUUCUUUCUUUCUUUCUUGUGAAAGAGGAGAAGAUCGAGGCCUGCACCGGCUGCGGAGAUGGUGAACCAGAUGAAGCUGUUCCGGAACGCCGGCCAGUCGCAAAGAUUCAGAUUCGUGGUGCUCGUCAUAGGAUGCUUUCUGGUCUCCAUGACCUUCAUAGUGGUGUCUAGACCACUCACUUUCCCCAGUCUCAGCUCAAGGCUGCGUCCUCAAAAAUCAGAUGCGGAGCGAGAGAAAGCAGCAGACACUUCAUCUUAUUCGGCUCCCUCUACAGAAAAGAAGAAAGAGGAGAAUUUCCAAGGUAAAAAGAAUCACACCAUCGUUGAUCCGAUCGAGGACGACAAGACGGGCAUUGAUGAAGUAAUGGAAACCACAGUCGAGGCAGAGGAGGAACGCACCGAUCGAGAUGAAGACCACAAUCGAAUGACGCUGCCGACGGUUUCCAAUUACACCAUCGAUGAUACCGUUCAGGUGGAUAAAAAGACCACUCCCGAGCAACCUGCUCGGGAAGUUAAGGCCGUGGAGAAGAUGCUGUCAUGCGAUUUUUCAGACCCUCGAGUAGAUAUCUGCGAGAUGUCCGGCGACAUCAGAAUUCCUGGGAAUUCAUCGGACGUCAUCUUUGUAGAAUCUCCGCAGAGUGACCAGGCGUUCCGAUUCCGCCCCUACGCCCGCAAGGGAGACCAAACUGCGUUCGGCCGAGUCAGAGAGUUGACGGUGAAGUCCAGCACCGCCGCACCUCAAUGCACCGUCAGCCACAACGUCCCCGCCGUCGUCUUCUCCACCGGCGGAUACACCGGCAACCUCUUCCAUGACUUCACCGACGUCCUCAUCCCGCUCUUCCUGACCGCCCGCCAGUACGACGGCGAGGUCCAGUUCGUGGUGAGCGACAUGAAUCCGUGGUGGGUCUACAAGUACCGCCUCCUGUUCCAGAAGCUCUCCAAGUACCCACCGAUCGACUUCGACAAGGACAAGGGCGUGCACUGCUUCACCAAGGUCGUCGUGGGUCUUCGAGCUAACAAGGAGCUCAGCAUCGAUCCCGCCAGGGCUCCCAAUGACUACUCCAUGGUCGACUUCGGUAAAUUUAUGAGAAGCGCAUUGUCGCUGGAGAGAGAGUCGAUGUCCAACAUCGAGGAUCUCGCGGGUAGGAGGCCGAGAAUACUGAUCAUAGCAAGGAAGCGAUCGCGGAAGUUCGUGAAUCUGUUCGAGAUCGCUCAGUUGGCGGAGCAGCUGGGCUUCGAAGUGGAGGUGAACGAGGCAGAAGUGGGAUCCGACGUGGCGCAAUUCGCGAAGCUGGUGAACUCGGUGGACGUGAUGGUGGGGGUGCACGGCGCCGGGCUCACCAAUCUGGUGUUCCUGCCUCCCAACGCCACCGUGAUACAGGUGGUGCCAUGGGGAGGGCUGGAGUGGCUAUCCAUGCUGGAUUUUGGAGAUCCGGCCAAGGACAUGAAGCUGAACUACGUGCAGUACAGCAUCGACAUAGAGGAGAGCAGUCUGACAGAGCAGUACCCGAGGGAUCACCCUGUGUUCAAGGAUCCUUUGUCCUUCCACAAGCAAGGAUUCCAUGUUCUCAGGUCAACCUUCAUGGCUAACCAGAAUGUGAAGCUCGACGUCAACAAGUUCAAGAGCGUGCUGUGGAAAGCACUGGAGCACAUCAUACAAUAGCAGAAAAUAAAACCGAUUCUUUGUGUCACCAAUUAUUUCGCUCGUCAUGAUUAAGAAGGGGCAACAAAGCAAGAUGGGAGGUGUAUGAGUACGAUGUACCAGAAGGUAUGGUGAUUGAUGUCUAUGGUUCAGACUGGUCCUCCGUAGCCUCUGCAAUUGAAGUUUGAGUUACUCUGCUGUAAGAAUGGCAUGUAGAUAGAAGGUUGGUUUCAUUUGUCACCGAGGACUAUCAUCCGCCUCUUGUACCAUAAAUGAAGAAUGAUUGACGGGGUUGGUGGACUUCAA